AUGGCUUCGACCAGCUUUUUCGAUGAGGUCUCCCUCAGCAUUCGAGAGGGAGUGGCGGUGCUGACUUUGCUGGGAGAGUCUGGAACCUUGCCAUGGGGGACCUCCCGGCAAGAACACCGAUUCAACCCUGUGAUGCUGCGAGCCAUGACCGCCGCACUCGAUGCUGUCGAGGGAGAUGACUCCGUCAAUGUGCUUGUCGUCACCAACAAGGGCAAGUUUUGGUCCAAUGGAAUGGACCUGAACUACCUGGACAAGCACCCAGAUGAGGCGGCGAGCCUCUUGAAGGAAACGGAUCGGCUGAUCGCAAGGAUCUGCUGUUUUCCACGGCCGACUGUAGCAGCCAUCCGGGGUCACUGGUGCGCGACCGGUGGAAUGAUGGGUUUGGCCUUCGAUUUCCGGCUCAUGUCCCGGGACGCAGGAUUCUUUUUCAUCCCAGCUGUGGACCUGGGCCUGGUGUUCUCCCCCUUUCAGACGCAGCUCAUGAAGGCUAAGCUUCCUCGCAGCAUGCAUCGGGACGUGCUCCUCUUCAAUUCCAGGCGUUGGACUGGUUUGGAGCUGCUGGCAGCCGGGCUCGUCGAUGAGGCGGUGGUCGGCUACGAGGUCCUGCCCCGGGCCCAGGCAUUUGCAGCGUGGCUGCGGGCGAAGGGAACAGGGCCGGCCCGAGCGGCGCUUGGUCCCCUAAAGAGGCGGCUCUACGGGGAGGUCCUCAAUGCUUUGGAGGGCGGAGUGAUGGAUUUUCCCGGGCGCGUGGCCGGUGUCGACAGAGCUUCCCCUGGAGCCAAGCUGUAA